CCUACGAGACCACUUACAGUAGCCGUCUCGAAAUGGAAGCGGUCAAUCCGACAUUCUCAUAUCUCACCAAUCUAGAAGUUAUGCAAAUUCUGCAGAAGAUCAAGAGCACAAAAAAGAAGUUUGGAAUGUUUAACUUGGCCACUGUCACCUAUGAAGCACUGCAAUAUCUGGAAGAUUCGCCCUGCAAAACACAGACCCGCGAAAACAUCGUAAACUAUGUAAAGGAUCUUUCUACUUAUCGACUGAAGUCCAACGAGGUCUUGCAAAUGAUCAACGAUCCGCCGACAAGUGCCCUCCACACGCAGCUGCUCAUUGACGACAAUAAGGCACCACUUACUGAUGAGGAGAACGAAAAGAUCAUCCAGCUAAGCUACAAGCACUUUCAUGGGGCAGAAAUUAAGGACGCCACUAAGGAAACAGCUACAGAAAAACCCGCAGAGACAACAACCAAGGCAGCUGGCAAGCAAUCCGGAAAGCGACCCAAAACAGCAACAGUUGAAGCCAGUAAAUCUGGUGAACCCACUACAGCAAGUGAAGCCACUCCAGCAAUUGGUGAAUCCAAUCCAGCAAUAAAGGAAUCGAAUCCAGCAAUAGUAGAAUGCAAUCUGGCAAUAGGUGAAUCCACUCCAGCAAUUAGUGAAUCCAAUCAAACAGAAGGUACAAGUUCCGAGGAACAGCCAAUGAGUUAACCGUAUUGGCUAUUACGUUUAACGUUUCAUAUUAUGUUUGAUGUAGCGUACAAAAUAGGCUAAAAAAAAUUUAUAUUUUAUUAAAUUAUUUAUGUUCGCUUUUGAUCGCCCAAA